AAUUUUUUUUUGCAAUAAAACGAGAGAAAUUGUCGAUUAAAUUUUUUAUGCUCAGAAUAAAAUUCCAUAAUUCAACAGGAAAAUUGAUCGCAGAAACGAGCAGAGUGAAAAUGAAUAAAAAUGGAAAAAAGGGCAAACGACAAAAUCCAACAUCAUCAUCACCAUCAUCAUCAUCAUCAAAAGAAGACAAAAACAAUCCACAAAGAUUGUUACCAAAUCAGAUGAUGAUUUACCAUCAUGGAGAUCGGAAUCAUUUUCAGAUAUACCGAAAUCCUAUGAUUCACCUAGUUUUUCUCACACAGAAAAACCAAUGUCAAAAAUAAGUCCAUUAAUAAAAACAAAAAAAGAAAAAUCAAUAACAUCGAAAUCAUUGUCAAUGAAGAAUAAUCGAAAACCGGUGACUACCAAAUUACGACCAAUCAUAUCGAAAACUAAAUUAAAACAUGGUGAUAAGAAACGUGAUACCCAGCCAUUAUCACCAUCAUCAAAAACAAAACAAAUUAAGAAAAAAAACAAAGAUACUAAUAAAAUAAAAGAAUUAAAGGUGAAAACAAUAACGAAGAAAGAAAAAAUUUCCGAAACAAAGAUAAUACCAAAAUCUGUGUAUGAAAAAGCAAUCAGUAAACAAGUGAAACGUUUGACGACUCGAAGCGAAUUAAAUGCUAUCGCUAAUUUAUGUUUGAAAUUAAUGAGAUAUACGCCCAAAUCGAAUAAUGAUUCAAUGGAAAAAAGGACAAAAUUGUAUCAAUCUCCUCUGAUUAAAGGAUAUCAGAUCGUUGAAGCAACAACAACGACAGAACCAGGAAAGAUAACAGAAGCUAUUAAACGUGACAUUACUACACUGAAAAUUCAUAUAACUGAAACAGUACCUAAACAAAUACCUGAAGAUGUAACAAAAGUCCAAAAUCUUGAACAAACGAUGACUGAAGAACUUCCUAAAAUCAUAUGGCAGCUCAAAGAUGAGGAAAAACAAUUAAAAGUCUUCGAUCCAUUUGGUGAAAGAACUUCUCUAUACUAUCAUCGACUUGAAGAUUAUGGAAAUCUAAAGGAAUUAGAUACAUCAUCAGGUGGAUUGGCAAUUCGUUAUAAUCCAUAUCUUGAUUGUCGACCUAUAUAUCAACAAUAUGAUCAACAAAACCUAGAUUCGAUAAUUGAAAUAAUACCGGGAUUAAUCAAUGAUGAAAUGGAAGAAACUUAUAUCACACCGAUAUCGAUAGUUGAUCUAAGAAAACGAUCACCACCAUCUUUAGAGCCAGUAUCAUCUUACAUACAACCAACUUUCAAAUGGAUUGUAGCACCAACAAUGGUUGAUACAACAAACUCCAUAAAUGUCAUCUAUGAUGAUGAUAUAGGAAAAAAAGAAGGCACACAAAUGUCUGCUUUUGGUGAACGAGAUUCAUUAUUCUAUCGAAGUCCAUACAGUUAUCCUAUUUAUGAUCAUUAUGAUGAUAUAAAAAUUUCGUUCAAUCCUUAUAUAAGAGGCACAUCAUUCUAUAAGUACUACAAUCUAGGUGAAUUGGAUACAAUGAUUGAGAUUAUUCCAGGAACAUCUAACAAUCAUUAUGAUGAUGACAUUGAUGGUGUUGUUGGCGGUGUAUGUGUUGCUGGUCGAAAAAUAAAUUACUUUCAACAAAGUUUAACAAAAUUUCAAAAUACAACCACCACUCCUAAAGUUUUUCAACCAAUGAUGGUUCCUAGAAAACCGCCACCGCUACCACCACCACAACAGCAACAAAAACAACAAUACCAAUCAUUGGGAAAAAUUAUAUUUAAAGAUAUAGAAAAAAAGUUUACAUCACCUAUGAAACAAUCGCCACCUUUUAAGUCUCCAUCGCCUUUAUCGACGAUGAUGAAGAAUAAGACUGAAACAUCAACCAAUGAAGUGAUGACAGUGGAAAUAAUUAUUGAACCAUUAGAAUCAAAACAAUUAUCUUCAACAUCAACAACAAAGGAUACAUUGAAAUCAAAAUAAUUGUUAACAUAACAUUAAUACUAUACAAAUGAUAUCGGAAUAUGAAUUCUAUUGAUUCAUGUUUAUAAUAAUAAUAAUAAUUUUAAUGGUCAUUCAUGUUCUAAUUCUAAAUUUAAUAAAAACUACAACUAUAAAUAAAUGUA